AUGCAGCCAGCCUGCUUUGAUCCGGUUCUUGUUGCCAACUCGUCGCCGCUUGCAUCGGCGAGCCCGGCGAUCAGCACCGCAAAAACAGAGCCAUCUCCAGCAGGGCCUGAUGCUUCACGUACAUCUUCUCUGAGCAACUCUCGGCCAGAUCUCAUCAGCAACAAUGCAAUGUCCAAGAUCAAGUUCUUCAAGGAGGGUGGUGCAACGCCUCCAGAAGGUUCCCCGACAAGCCGACUCUCGGGGAGUCCUGUCAGCGCCUACCCUGCUUUCAAGCCAGGUGCAGUGCAGGCUUCGGGGCCCGCACCGCCACCCGCGGCGAACUCGCUAAACGGUUCUUCUCCAUUCUCAAUGUCACCGCCGCAAAGCGGCGCAUCUUUCGCAAUGUAUGGUGGAGAAACACCUGGAGCGAAAACACCAGGUGGCUACACUCCAGUGGCAUUCACACCAACAGGAUACACACCGGGAGCCUACACGCCGGGAGGACAGCUCAAGAGGGCCAACUCCGGAGUUGGCUUCACUGUGGACGCCUCGCCCAUGAAAAAUGGCGUCCCUCGGUCAAUCUCAGGAACUCCGAGAAAAUUCGGUGCACCUGCAGCUUCGCCGAACUCACGGCGAAGGACCGAGACCAAGAAGUCGAAUUCAAGAAUAGACCCCGAGCAGGUUCCACGUCCAGUUGGCCAGCCAGAGGCUGUGAAGCAGGAGGGUGGCAAGGUGUACGAGACUACCAAAUAUCACGUGCCCCCUGCAGCGACUACAGUCUGCACCGUGGUUGACUGUGGCUCAAGCUCUUGCGAAUUCAUUCGCUCGACCGUCAACCAGGUGCCAGCCUACCCGUCGACUGCAAACACCGCGCAUAUUCCCAUGGCAGUGGUUUGCCAACCAUUUGCAGAGCUGACGCCUUUCGAGGCUGACAUUCCUUGCGUUGAUCUGGGGGAGUCAGGCCCUUUCAGGUGCAACAGGUGCAAGGCCUACGUCAAUGCCUUCUUCACAUGGCACAAUGGCGGCAAAGAGGCCACGUGCAACUUCUGUGGGCAGCGUGUGGAGGUCCCUUUAGAGUACAUGUGCAACCUUGAUGAGAAGGGACAGCGUGUGGACAAGGCGGGCCGCCCGGAACUGAACCGCGGCACGGUCGAUUACGUCGCACCCAGCGACUACUCGGAAUCAGCUCCCGUCGUUCCUGCCACCAUCUUUGUCAUUGAAGCGACCCAAAGAUCUUUGCAGUGCGGCCUGCUUCCGCAGGUCAUGUGGACCUUGCGAUCCUUGCUUGGUUUUAUGCAGCGGCCGUCAUCCAGGAUCGGGAUCUUGCUCUUCGACCAAGCGCUGCACUUCUUCGCCUUCCAUCCCGGGCUCGACUGUGCGCGCCAGAUCACGGUGUCUGACACAGAGGAUCCCUUCGCGCCUUGUGGUGCAGAGGUGCUGCUGGUAGAUGCCGAGGACCCCGCCUAUCGCAGCCAGAUCGACUCCCUUUUGGACGAGCUUCCUGGACUGCUGGUUGCCGAGGGUCUAGCGGAGCAAGCAGCCGGCUGUGCUGCCUUAAAGGCAGCUACAGAGCUGCUGGGCUCCCGGGGUGGUGGCCACGUGAUCAUGUUUCAUGCAAGUUUGCCGAACUCUGGGAUUGGAGCUUUGCGGCACCGUGACGACAUCAAGCUGGCUUCCGAACCUGAAGGCGGCGGUCUGUUCGCUGUGCAGCAGCCCACAUUCUUUGAAGAGAUUGAUGUCGACUGCCUCAAUCGUGGAGUUGCAGUGAGUGUCUUCUGCACACCGGCAACCGGAAUUUACAUAGACAUGGCAACCUUGUGCCGAAUUCCAAGGAGAACAGGCGGAGAAGUCUGCUACUACCCCGGAUUCGAUCCCUCCCGGGAUGGGGAGCGGCUGCACUAUGAUCUUUCAAGGACUGUUGUCCAGCCAGCUGUGUUCAAUGUCAUGUUCAAGUUGCGGGUGAGCAAGGGGCUCGCCGUGGACAGCAUCCAUUGCACAUGGGAUCCAGAGGUCAUAGACCCCAGCACUUUCUCCGUCUCGAGGAUGUCUGUCGAUGCCACGGCCGACUUUGUCCUCGUGCAUGGUGAGAGGAUCGAAGGCCAGAAACAUGCAUACGUUCAGGUUGCGUGCCUCUACACUGACAAGCGCGGCAAGAGAUUAAUCCGAGUCCACACACUUCAGUUGCCGGUGACUUCUUCGUUGAGCAACGUCUUCCGAUAUACGGAGAUUGAUGCCGUAACCAACUUGCUCCUAAAACAGGCCGCAGACUCUGCCCUGACCGGGAACGGAAACUUUAAGGACAAGCUGACCAAGUCCUGUGUUGACAUGCUGCACGCAUACCGAGCGAAUUGCGCCUCGAUGACAGCGGCUGGGCAGCUGAUCCUUCCUGAGUCAUUAAAGCUGCUGCCACUAUACAUUGGCACGAUCCGCAAGUUCCCGGCAUUCAGAGCAGGUUCCGACAUCAAGGUGGAUGAUCGGAUCGUGUCGCUGAUCCGGACCUUGGGUCUCCCCAUCGCCUUGACAGCAUCACUGGUAUAUCCACGAGUCUAUACCAUGCUGCCGCUUCCAGACAAAGCGGGGCUGCCCACUGGAAUCGGAGACAAUGUGUUCUUGCCACCAACGAUAGCUGGCUCCAGCGACAAACUUGCCACUGAUCGCAUUUACUUGAUCGACAACGGUAUGAGCUUGCGCCUCUACGUGAGGCCUGAGGUUGGCCAAGAGACGCUGUACCAAGUGUUUGGAGCAGAAACGUUGCAAGACGUCUCUGUGAUUUUGUCGGCACCAGAGGACUUCGCGGACUCCCUCAGCGAGGAUGCUGAGAGAAUGCUAUCAUGCGUCCAGCAGAUCAGAAGGGAAAGAUGGAGGCUGCCAUGGCAAUCGUUUCAUGUCGUGCUUCCUGGCACACCGGAAGAGUCCCGUGUUCUCGCCUCCCUUGCGGAAGACCGCGCUGGCUCCGAGUCCACCUAUGCUUCCUGGCAUGCACGGAGUGAGCUAGGAGAAGAGUCGGAUCCAUCGAAGCGACUCGAAGCUGGAGGCCGACCGAAAGCUGAGAUAGAUCCCUGCUUUGAUGCGCAAAUAUCAAGCAUUUUCAGCCAGAUGAAGGUUUGGAAUCUGGCACGACGUGAAUUCAGGCGAAGGAUGGCCAUCCAGUGGUCCAAGAAGUACGAGCGUAGCACAGAGCUCGAGUUUCGAGACGCCUCUGAAGUUGUAAACCGACAUGUAGUUUGGGUAGCCUUGUUCAUCAUGGUGCUGCGCCCAGAGAUUGCCUGCUCUUGCCCCUCUCACACGGCAAGACGGUUUAGGGUUUAG